AUGAACGUCCGACCAUCCGUUCUGCGCCAUGCCCUUUCCACGCCCUCCUCGACACGACUCCCGCCCCGCCCGCGACGGUUAGAGAAGACACGCGCCUCGGCUGGCGCGCUCCGACGUCUGCAUGACGAGCCCAAGGCCCAGAAGCACCUGGACUGGCCGUUGCACGAGUGGCGAUCGGCACAGCACUCGCCGGCCAAGAACGCAACGUGGGAGGACUGGGAGCAGUGGCGCGACGAGCGCGACGGCAAGAAGCAGGCGCCGGUAUACAUGUCCCACGGGGCCUUUGCCGUGCUUCUCACGUUUGCGAUCAGCAUCGGCAUCAUCGGCCAGGCGAACCGGGCGGGGAAGAUGGCUUCGAGCAGGAUGGAUCUUCUGCAAGAGAAGCAAGGGAAGUUGGGGGCAGUGAUGGACAAGAGGUCCUCUAAGACGGCGGCAAUGGGAAGGAAGAGAGAGUGGAAUCGUUUAUAA